AUGUCUUACUCUGCGCUUGCAGUCCGUUUAUUAAACAUGUCCAAGCCGCCAGGCGAUCCGAUUUUGCCGUCGAAGCUUCGACAGGCGACUGAAGCUGAUCUGUCGAAGUCCAAUGGCACAGCUUCCACGGGUGCAGACCACCAAAAUCAGCCUGAUGCGGCAGGAACUCAAAGCUCGACUCCCAAGAAAGGCAUCACUUUUGCCAACCAGGAUUCGCUUCCCAAGCUCCCCAUCCCCGAUCUCGAGUCCACUUGCCGAAAAUACCUCGAUGCUCUGUAUCCCUUGCAGACUCCGAGAGAACACGAGGAGACAAAGGCGGCGGUGCAGGAAUUCCUGAAGACAGAUGGCCCCGAACUCCAGGAAAAAUUGAAGAAAUAUGCCUCAUCCAAGACGAGCUACAUCGAGCAAUUCUGGUACGACUCCUACCUGAAUUUCGACAACUCUGUCGUCUUGAACCUCAAUCCAUUCUUCCUGCUGGAGGAUGACCCAACCCCUGCGCGAAACAAUCAAGUGACUCGGGCCGCAUCGCUCGUGAUUUCAGCGCUGUGCUUUGUUCGAGCUGUGAGGCGAGAAGAACUGCCGCCUGAUACUGUCCGGGGCACACCGCUUUGCAUGUUUCAGUACUCCCGACUGUUUGGUACGGCCCGGAUUCCCACGGAGAAUGGUUGCAUCAUCGGUCAAAACCCGAAUUCAAAACACAUCGUGGUCUUAUGUCGGGGACAGUUCUAUUGGUUUGACGUGCUGGAUGACAACAACGACCUGAUCAUGACCGAGAAGGAUGUGGCGGUAAACCUUCAGGGCAUUAUUGACGACGCCCAGCAGACGCCGCUCCAGGAAGCCGCAAAAGGGGCUCUGGGUAUUCUGAGUACGGAAAAUCGAAAAGUGUGGUCGAACUUGAGAGAUCUUCUCACCAAGGAGGAGGGAUCAAAUAACGCCGAGUGCCUUCAAAUUGUCGAUGGCGCCAUUUUUGUGUUGUGUCUGGACCACAUGGAACCGUCCAGCACGGCAGAUCUCUGUGCCAACAUGUUGUGCGGCACGAGCGAGAUUGUGCGAGGCGUGCAGAUUGGAACGUGUAUCAACCGGUGGUAUGAUAAGCUUCAGAUCAUCGUCUGCCAGAAUGGCAGUGCCGGUAUCAACUUCGAGCAUACCGGCGUGGACGGUCAUACGGUGCUGCGCUUUGCCAGCGACGUCUACACGGAUACGAUCCUUCGGUACGCCAGAUCCAUCAAUGGCCAGGCACCGACCCUGUGGGCGUCUCAGAGCCCGGACCCGGCCAAACGGGACCCUCGAAGCUUUGGCAACGUCAGCACGACCCCCCGCAAACUGCAGUGGGAUAUGACCCCGGAGCUUAGUAUCGCGCUUCGGUUUGCCGAAUCCCACCUCGCCGACCUUCUCCAGCAACAUGAAUUCCAGGUUCUCGACUUCAACGGGUACGGGAAGCACUUCAUCACUUCCAUGGGAUUCUCGCCGGAUGCCUUUGUGCAAAUGGCAUUCCAAGCCGCAUAUUAUGGGCUGUAUGGCCGUGUCGAAAACACCUAUGAGCCGGCCAUGACGAAGAUGUACCUUCACGGUCGGACCGAGGCCAUCCGGACGGUCACCCCGGAGGCGGUGGAAUUCGUGAAGACGUUCUGGGGCGACAACCCCCCUGAGCAGAAGGUGGCGGCGCUGCGGAAGGCCACGGAACGGCACGUUGCCAUCACAAAGGAGUGUUCGAAGGGUCUGGGUCAGGAUCGACAUCUGUAUGCCUUGUAUUGUGUCUGGCAGCGGUCCUUUGAUGAAGAGCCCUCGGUCAACGGCAGCGCCGAAACCAGUUCCAACGGCUAUUCCAGUCCGGCGGAGAAUCUUUCGAAUGCCGAGUCCCCCAAGCGCUCGGCCACUCCGUCGGAAGAUGGGCUGUCUUCCAGCAGCUACGGCAACGCCCGUCUGCGACCGAUGCCGGCCACACCGGCCAUCUUCAGUGAUCCAGGUUGGGACAAGCUCAACACGACGAUCCUGUCUACGUCAAACUGCGGAAAUCCCUCUCUGCGGCACUUUGGAUUCGGCCCGACGUCCGGCGACGGCUUUGGAAUUGGCUACAUCAUCAAAGAAGACUCCAUUUCCAUUUGCGCAUCGUCCAAGCACCGCCAGACGGCCCGAUUGAUGGAUACGCUGGAGUCCUACUUGUUGGAGAUCCGGAAGCUCUUGCGGGCCACGAGCCGCAAGACCAUGAGCCCACGGACCAGUCGAGCGAGGGAAAUGGAGCUCAUUUCUGAGAGAGGAGAGCAUCGCCGGGGCCGUCUCAUCCGUCAGGACACCAAUCACGUUCGGGGGACGGAAACGCCGACGACGGACAGUGGCGAGGUGGAGGAUGAUGGAAUGGGAGGAUAUGGAUUCUUCGAUGCGGGGAUGCUGCUCCACGCGCUCAAGGGUCUUCAGGCGGACCGGGAGCGCGGGUCAGACAAGCCAGCCCGGCGACGUCCAGUCGGAAAGAAGCUUCAACUUGCCGAAUACUAG